ACCAUUGACAAGAUGCCUAGAUCAGCAGACUUGAUUCUCUAUUCAUCCAUUCCUACAAUCAUUCUCAUACAUCUUUUCGCAUCACCGUAUACGAAAGUCGAGGAGUCGUUUCACAUUCAAGCAACGCAUGACAUCCUGACAUAUGGAAUCCCAUCGCCUUUUCAUCUCAAUCAGACCUCAAUCGCUGAGAAAUUCCGAUCUGAAUAUGAUCAUUUCAGCUUUCCCGGAGCCGUUCCUCGGACAUUCAUUGGAGCGUUAGGACUCGCAAGUGCUUCGUGGCCUGUUGUUUGGUUUUUCGAGAAUGUUGACAGACAAGUUCUAGUCCGCGCUAUUCUGGGCCUCUUCAAUGCCUUGUCCUUGAUAGUAUAUGCGCGGGGUAUACAAGUCUCAUUUGGUAAUAUGACAGCUUACUGGUACCUUGUAUUUCAGGCCAGUCAGUUCCAUCUUGCUUAUUAUGCGUCACGGACGUUGUCAAAUAUGUUUGCUUUUGGCAUUACCACUAUCGCAUUGCGACUUCUUCUUCCGGAACCUGACACGAGUGGUGCCAAAUCGACAAAAUCUAGCGAGUCCAGCAAAUCUACAAAACCCACGAAAGUUACAAAACCUACUACUUCGCCUAGUUAUACGAGAUAUCGACUUGCUCUGAUACUGUUCACCAUCGCUGGUAUUAUAUUCCGCUCAGAGCUCGCUUUAUUGCUGGCGACGAACACCAUAUACUUCUUCCUGACACGGCGCAUUCGCAUCUGGCAAGACAUCCUACCAGCAGGGAUCAUCGGACUGCUCAUCGGGCUCACAGCCACCGUGACCACUGAUUCCUACUUCUGGCAGGAAUUCCCCCUCUGGCCCGAGUUCAGUGCAUUCAAGUUCAACGUCGUAUCCGGCCAAUCCUCCGCCUGGGGUGUAGACCCCUGGUAUUUCUAUUUCGCUAGUGCUAUCCCUCGCCUCCUCCUCAACCCAUUAACUUGGUUGGUAUGCAUACCUGUCUCUCUUAUAGCAGGCACAACUAGACGGGCGUCAUUAUCGCUCCUCGUUCCAUCGCUGUCUUUUGUUGCGGUGUACAGUUUUCAACCCCAUAAAGAAUGGCGCUUUAUCAUUUAUAUCAUCCCGGCAUUGACGGCUGCAGCGGCUCAAGGAGCGGCGGAUAUAUGGGCGAAACGCGGGAAGUCUAUAAUAUAUCGCUUACUCUCCCUCUCACUGGUGCUAUCUACACUUGGCUCCUUUUUAUUCUCUACUUUCGUUCUCCUACCGAUUUCGUCUGCAAAUUAUCCAGGUGCUCAAGCUAUUCAACGAGUUCAUUCCCAUGGCCAGGGCACUCAGCCACGUAUUGCCUUAUACAUGGGCAACUUGGCGUGCCAAACAGGAGUCACCAGAUUUCUGCAACAUUCUCAGAACCUGACUUCAGCAAAUACUAACGAAGAAGACGUCCUAGACACAGAAUGGGUAUACGAUAAGACGGAAGAUCCAGUGUUGAAGUACACACCAGAGUUUUGGGAUAAUAUUGAUUAUGCUCUCAUGGAAGACCACGAAUUUGAGGAAUUGAAAGCCUCUUCUCUCGAUCCCGAGUCAUGGAAAAUCAUAGAUACUAUCACUGGCUUCGGCGGAUUCAGACUCAUCAAAACGAACCAGAAGCUCGCGGAUAUCCGGCAGAACGAUGAUAGUAGUAGCAUAGAGAUAAAUGCAAUCAGACGGAUUGCUGGUGAUGGUGGUGUCGACUACUACAAAAAGCUGAGAGACGAAAUCGCGCAGCGCUUGACUAGAGGAUACUGGGUCGAGAUGAGUCUGAUACCAAAGAUCAGGGUGGUGAAAUACACACGAGCCCUCUGACUCGUUCCUGUCAUUGUUAUAUAAUGUGCUCUCAU